AUGAAAAGGAACUCAUAUUAAAGAAUCACACAAAAGUCUAAAAUAAGACAAGAGAUAAUCAAUUAUAGAAAUCAAGGCUUAUCUAACAAAGAAAUAUCAAGAAUUAUGAGUCAAAAAACAAAUAAAAAAAUAAGUGAAAAGACAAUACAAAGCAUCAAAACAGUCAAAAGAAAAUCAAAAUAUGCAGAAUAUAGACAAAUUACCAAAUCAACUAUUCUUUCUUAUAUUCUAGAAUAUAAUAACCAUUUUAUAUAUUCCACCGAUUAAACUUAAAUGAGAAAAGAAGUUUCCGAACUUGUAAAAGACAAGUUUCCUUAACCUUUUUCUCAUUUCUCUCAGAGAACUCACUAAAGGCUAUUAAAUGGAAUCAUAAAAAAGGUUGAGUCAAUCCGCAACUACAAAUCAUCAAAAUUGCCACAAAAUGAUUCAGAAUUCAAUUACAUCUUCUAUGACACCCAAUCAGAAGAGUAAUAGAUAUAAUCAGCAUCUUAAUUCCUAUUUUUUCAGGAAAGUUACCCUUCAUUUUAAGAAGAAUAAUAAUACUUCUGA